AUGAUGUUCGCUUUAUUGGGAUAUGGGGGAUGAGUGGUAUUGGUAAGACAACUAUUGCUAGAGUUGUUUAUGAGAGAAUAUCUCGUGAAUUUGAAUUUAGUAUGUUUGUUGACAACGUUAGAAAUGUUGUUGAAAGAGGUGGACUAGUUAGCCUACAAAGGCAACUUCUUUCUGGGAUAUAUAUGAAAAAUGACAUAUCAAACCUCCAUGAAGGAACCACAAUGAUAAGGAGAUUCUUUUGUCAUAAAAAGGUUCUUCUCGUUCUUGACAAUGUGAACCAUUUGGAUCAAUUACAACAUUUGGUUGGCAACAAAACUUGGUUUGGUUGUGGGAGUAGAGUUCUUAUAACAACUAUAGAUGAAGAUAUAUUACUCAAGCAUGGUCUGGAGAGAAGGAUUAAGGUCAAGGGACUGAAUAGUGAUGAUGCUCUUCAACUUUUUAGUCGGAAAGCUUUUGAAAAAGAUUACCCUGAACCAUCUUAUGUUGUUUUGUCUAAUCGUGUUGUGAAUUAUGUCAAUUGUCCAUUAGCUCUUGAAGUUUUGGGGUCUUUUUUGAGUGGAAAAGGUACAAGUGAAUGGAAGAGUGUGUUGGACAAACUAGGGAAAGUGUGUAGUGUCGAAAUUUUGAAGACACUCGAAAUAAGUUAUGAUGGUCUAAAUGAUGAUGAGAAGAAAAUAUUCCUUGACAUUGCAUGUUUCUUCAAUGGGAAGGACACAGAUCAAGUAAUAGCUUCUUGUGAUGUCUCUGAAGUCAUUGGAAUAGAAGUUCUCAUCGAGAGAUCACUCCUAACUAUUUUGAAUGGAAAACUAUACAUGCAUGAUGCCCUGCAAGAAAUGGGUCGGGAAAUUGUCAUCCGCGAAUCUCCUUUUGAACCAGGCAGGCGCAGCAGGUUGUGGUUACGCGAAGAUGCCAAUCAUGUCUUGAGCAAAAAUACUGAAACAGAAGCAAUAGAAGGGAUAGUUCUGCGCCCAGCUGAGCCAGGAAUAAAUGUGCAUGCGAAUGCCAAGUCCUUUUCAAUGAUGAAGAACUUGAGGUUCCUCGAGAUUGAUAAUGUGAACCUUCCUAAUGGUCUUGAGCAUCUUCCCGACAGUGUACAGAUUUUUAAAUGGACUGGAUAUCCCUCAACUUCACUCCCAUCCAGUUUCAACCCAGAGAAGCUACAAGAACUUAGCAUGCGUCAUAGUUGCAUUUAUCAUUUUCGGACCGGAAUAAAGCCUUUGUACAACUUGAAAACACUCAAUCUCAGUCACUCUCUGAAUCUUCUCAGCAUGCCGAACUUCAGAGCUAUGCCAUACCUUGAGGUUUUGAUUCUUGAAGGUUGUACACGGUUAUAUGAGGUUGAUCCAUCAAUUGAAUCUCUAGAAAGACUUGGUUUGAUGAAUUUGAAAGAUUGCAGAAACUUACUGCUUUUUCCAAGAAGCAUAUAUGGCUUAAAGUCUCUCAAAGUUCUUAAUCUUUCCGGUUGUUGAAAGCUAAAUAAGCUGCCAGAAGAUUUGGGUUCUGUAGAGUGCUUGGAGGAACUUCAUAUGAGUGGCACUGGCAUAAGAGAGCUACCAUCCUCUAUUGGAAUGCUUGAAGGUCUUACUUUGCUAAACUUGAGAGAUUGCAAAGAACUUUUGAGUAUCCCGACGAGUUUAUCAGGCGUAAAAUCUCUCAAAGUUCUUAAUCUUUCUGGUUGUUCGAAGCUUGAGAAACUGCCGGAAGAGUUGGGUCAUGCAGAGAGUUUGGAGAGGCUUGAUAUGAGUGGAACUGCCAUAAGAGAACCGCCUAGCUUCCAGCCUUUCUCUUUUGAGAAAUCUUAAGAGUUUUAUCUCUCCAAGGAUGCAAGUGUUCCACCACCUUCUUCUACUGAUCCCAAGGCUUUGUCAUUACCCUUCUUACUCACCCGGUUUGCAUUAUAUAAGAAAACUGGAUCAUAGUGGCUGCAGCAUUUCUGAAGUUCCUGAACACCUCAUCAACAUCAAUAAAAAUAA